AUGACUACCCCGACGACCGAAAACCCCGGCUUCAAGUUCGACCCUAACGAUCCCCCUCUCGACUUCCCCGCCUACGAGACGUCAGGUCAUAAGACGUACCUCGACUACCAAAACCACAAGAACGAUCACGGGCUUACUGGGCAUCGAUCUGAGAAAUCGGGGGCACAUACGACGCCAAAAGAUGCGCUGGAUGUGAUUGCGUCGAAGUCGUGGCUCGAGAACCCUUGGGGUUAA